AUGUCAAUUCAUAUUGCGUCUACUACCGCACCAGUUAACAUUGCUACCCUCAAGUACUGGGGAAAGAGAGAUACAGCCUUAAACCUUCCUACGAACAGCUCGAUUUCCGUCACGCUUGCUCAAGACGACCUUCGCACACUCACUACUGCUGCCACCAGCGAAGAAUUCCCAGAAGAUAAACUAUGGUUAAAUGGCAAGGAAGAAUCCCUCCAAAACCCAAGAACCCAGAGCUGCUUGAAAGACCUUCGCGACCUCAGAAAGCAGCUCGAAGAAGCCGAUCCCUCACUUCCCCCAUUUUCAAAGUGGAAGCUUCACAUCGUGUCCGAGAACAAUUUCCCAACCGCUGCCGGCCUCGCCUCCUCCGCUGCCGGUUUUGCCGCCCUAAUUAUGUCCAUUGCUAAACUAUACAAGCUUCCACAAGACGCAUCAGAACUAUCUAAAAUUGCCCGUAAGGGCUCUGGAUCCGCAUGUAGAUCACUAUUUGGCGGUUACGUAGCUUGGGAAAUGGGGUCUAACACCGACGGCUCCGACAGUAAAGCUGUGCAGAUUGCAGAUGUUGACCACUGGCCGGAUAUCAAGGCAAUCGUACUUGUUGUUAGUGCUGAUAAGAAAGAUACGCCAUCGACAAGUGGUAUGCAAGCUACGGUUGCUACAUCCGAGCUAUUUCAACACAGAAUUCACAAUGUUGUUCCUAAACGAUUCCAAGAAAUGAAAACUGCAAUCUUAAAUAAGGACUUUGCAGCAUUUGCAGAUCUAACCAUGAAGGACUCGAACAGUUUCCACGCGACAUGUUUAGAUUCCUACCCGCCCAUUUUCUACAUGAACGACACAUCAAGAAAGAUUGUUAAACUAUGCCAUGAAAUUAACCAGUUUUACAAUGAAACCAUUGUAGCGUAUACCUACGACGCCGGCCCAAACGCCGUCUUGUAUUACUUGAAAGAGAACGAAGAUAAGCUGUUUACUAUUUUAUACAAAAUAUUCGGAAACAAUAGCGGCUGGGAAAGUAAAUUAACGCCACAAAAACAAAACUUCCUUAUUGAGCAAUACAACGAGAUCAAGAGCCAAUUAGACGACAACAUUUCUAAAAUGGUCGACGCGGGACUCAAUGAGUAUAUUACAAGAGUAAUUUUGACGAAAGUCGGGGCAGGGCCACAAGAAACCUCCGAGUCAUUAAUCAAUGAUUUAACAGGCCUACCAAUAGUCGAAUAA